AUUGCAUGCUAACGCGAGAGAGGAGAGAGAGAUUCGUAAGUUGGUUUGAUUCAUAUAUGUCGGUUUCAGUUAUGAGGCCGCUCUCCCUCCUGUGUUGGUGCCGCGUAAUUCUAAGUGAUGUCCUUCUCCGACGCCCCAUAUUGAAUUUCGAGGCGCAGGCAACGGCCUUAUCCUUCCCUCUCUCUCAAACGCUACGAAAUCCAAAUUCAAAAAUUUCUCUUUUGGGUCCCCUUGUUUUGAUCCGGCAAUUCCCAUUCCAAAUGCGAUCUUAGCUUAAAAUCAUAAAAGAAACAGAAAAUUCGAGCAGAAUACCAGGCUGAUUGAUUCUGCUCACUCUGGAACAGUUGAGUUUUUGGAAAGGGAAGGAAUUUGUGCAAUUGACAUAUUUGUCGACAAUAUCCGAUCAACAGGGAUGAGGAGCAGAAAGUACGAAAGGAAAGCGAAAAGGGAUCUUAAUUUUAUGCAUGUUGUUCAUUCGCUGGGCAUGUGUUUCUCGAAGAAUAAUUAUUGAACGCACAUUAUACUAGAAUUGCAAUGGCUGGCUUUGGUUUUGAUUGUGUACCGUGUCGACCAUUGCUGACAUCUAAGAACAAUUUGAGGUUGUGCCGCUGCAGUUGGUGAUUGAAGCUAAGGAAUUGAAUGGCCAACUGGACAAUCAAAGUUUGAAUUUUUACAUAUGAACAAAGUUCUGUGACAUUUCAUCACACUGAAAUUUGGAGAAGAUCUUAAGAAAUUUCGAAGGGAUAAAGGGUGUAAGGACCAGAAGGCUAGAGAUUUCUUCAUAGAAAGUGGAGUGGCCUUUUGAGACCAUGGCAAGUGAAGCUCCUGCUACUUCUGGCCAACAUUUUCACGAUGAUUCUGCCAAUGUGUUCUCAAGUGAGUCAAGUGACAGAUCCUAUCCAGAUAAACAUGUAUAUAAUAUUUCGGUACGGACGGGCGAGGAAUUUUCUCCAGAAUUUCUUAGGGAUCGAGUUUCCUCAAGAGCACAGAUAAUGAGUGAUAGGGAUCAGCGCCAGCCAAAGAGAGUGGUGUUUAAUUUUGAUCCAAAUCAUCAGCUGGUAUAUGAGGAUCUUGCUAACAUCCUUGGGCUAAGAAGAGAUUCUGAUUGUGGUUCAGAUAUCUCAGGUUUUAAUCCCAGGAUAGGAUAUUCAUCAGAAAUAGACAAGGCUUAUUCUGAUCAAUUGAGCAGAUUCCAGAUGAGUUAUGGUCUGGGUAGACAGGGGUCGGGUAAUUUUUUGGAUGAAAACUAUCGGGAUCGAGUUGCUCCUGGGCCAACAGCUACACCACUUCAUGCAUCUGAUUCCCCUCAGUCUUAUCAAUGUUGUGGAUCAGGAAUUUCAGACGGUUCAUCCUCCGGAAAGAUGAAAUUCCUCUGCAGCUUUGGGGGGAAGAUACUACCAAGGCCCCAUGAUGGAAAGCUUAGAUAUGUGGGUGGAGAGACACGGAUUAUAUCCAUUAGGAAAAACCUUGCUUAUGAUGAACUUGUGAAGAAGACUUCUGGAAUUUGGAAUCAACCUCAUACCAUCAAGUACCAGCUUCCUGGUGAGGAUCUUGAUUCACUUAUAUCUGUUUCAUGUGAUGAGGAUCUUCAUCAUUUGAUAGAGGAAUAUCAUGAGCUCGAAAGAAUUGUAGGUUCCCAAAGACUGCGGAUAUUUCUUGUAUCAUCAAGUGAAUCUGAGAGUCCAUCUUCUAUAGAAACAAGGGUUGCACCGCAGAAUGAUGCUGAUUAUCAUUAUGUUGUUGCUGUUAAUGGCAUGCUGGACCCAAGUCCUCGGAAAAGCUCUAGCGGGCACAGUUUGGCAAGCCAAGCAAGCCAUUUUGGAAAUAUGUUGGAAAAUAGUCCAAGUUUUCGUAAAGACUCUCCUACUUCUGCUCAUCCUUUGGAAAUGAAGGUUGGAGCCAGUUCCUCAAAUUUGGCAACGACAUUCCCCAACCCUUCUGCUCAGUAUUUAACUGUGACACCAACUCCAAUGAAGCCAUUCAUUCUAUCCCCUCCUGUGUCUCCAUUGCUAGUUCAGCAUAGAGAUCCUAAGAAUUCCCCUAGACAAUUUUAUGAGGAUCACUCAUGCCAUGAUGUACAUGAAAGCAUCGGCCCGUUUUUUAACAACAAACUGUAUGACAAUUCCAGUUGUAUUGAUAGCAGUAGAUUUUAUCAUAAUCAUCCUUGUGACUCAGUGGCAUUAAUGGAUUACCAUCAUCGUAAUAGUCAUUUAGCUGAAAUUGAUCAAAUAAACAAGUUCAUUGAUAUGAAUUUUUACAAUUGUUAUGCUAAUGGAGACUAUGUGCCACCACCACAUGUGCAAAUUGAUAUGGACUUUGAGAGGAAAAUACCGAAUGAAAGGGCAUUCCAUUCUGGAAAAAAUUUCACCAAUCCUGAAGAUCAAAUAUCUAAUGAUUCAGUUGGUCCUCAUCCCAGGAUGUCUCAUGCACUUUCUGACUCGAAAUUACAGGAACGUGAAGAGAAGCCCAAUGCCUUUGUGGAAGAAGGAAUUGUCGCAUUGUCCUUGCUGAAUUUUGAAACUGAGAAGUCACCUUCAUCCACAACAUCAGGUUUCAUGCAAGAGUGCCAAAUACAAUUGCCAGAGAAAACUGAUGGGGAAUGUCGUGCUGCUAAAUAUGAGAAUCUGCCCCCUUUUAAGCCACAGGACCAGUCAAAGUUUGGGUUGGAUCAAAAGGUGAUAAAAUUGAUGGAUGAAAAGGAUGAUGCUCAUUUGGAUCAAAUCAGGAAAACCAAUGAAGGAAAUAUUAACAUUUCCUCACAGGCUAGUGCCAUGGAUUAUAAAAAUGUGCCAAAUAUCAUUCCAAGUGUUCAUAUUUCCCCACAAGAGUUACAAGUCCCUGAAGGUGUGGUUUCUACUUCCCCAGUCAUUGUUGUGGGAAAUUCUGGAUAUGUUAGGAGAGAAUAUGACCAGGAUUGUCAACUGCACACAACUGCUUCUGAUUUUAGUACACAGAGCCAAAAAGCUAGUAAGGAUCAGCAACAUACUGCAAUGGGAGCAAAAAGUGCAAUAGUAGUUUCUCUUGAUUCUCAUGGAACUGUACCUGUUGCAUCCUUGCAUAUGGGUAAUCAAGAAGGAACCUAUUCUACUUCUGGUGGACUUCCAUAUGGAAUUGAUUUGGGCCCAAAUCUAAACUUGCAUAAGAAUGACUCUGAAGAUGCUGCUUUGGGUAGUGAGGCUUGUUUCUGUUAUGAAAAUCAUGUGAUUAAUCCUUCUCACAAGGUUGACAAAGUAGACCCCACAUCUUUCACCCACUCACAGGCUUCAGGGAAUUGUUGUGAGAAGUCAGAACCAAUGGUUAUAGUUGAAGAUGUAACCGAUAGUGUGCCUUCUGGCAUCCCCUCAUCCUCCACAGUUGUCCCACAUGUACAAGACAAUGCUAGUGAUGGAUUUCCAACCCCUAGAGAAACUGAGGCGGAGAGCAUUGCUCCAGAAUCUUCCUGUGAGUAUGCAAAAGCUGAUGGCAGAGAUGACGAUGAAUCUAUUAGCGAGGCUACAAUGGCGGAAAUAGAAGCAGGCGUAUAUGGUUUGCAGAUCAUAAAAAAUGCUGAUCUUGAAGAACUGAAAGAGUUGGGAUCUGGCACAUUUGGGACUGUAUAUCAUGGAAAGUGGAGGGGAACAGAUGUUGCUAUUAAGAGAAUCAAAAAGAGCUGUUUUGCAGGGAAACCAUCUGAGCAAGAACGGUUGACUAAAGACUUCUGGAGAGAGGCACAGAUACUUUCAAAUCUUCACCAUCCAAAUGUGGUAGCCUUUUAUGGGGUGGUUCCUGAUGGACCAGGAGGAACAUUGGCAACUGUUACUGAAUUCAUGGUGAAUGGGUCGUUGAGGCAUGUCCUAUUAAAGAAGGACAGAGGACUUGAUCGGCGUAAAAGGCUUAUAAUUGCAAUGGAUGCAGCUUUUGGCAUGGAAUACCUGCAUAUGAAAAAUAUUGUUCAUUUUGACUUGAAAUGCGACAACCUGCUUGUGAAUUUAAGGGAUCCCCAACGACCAAUAUGCAAGGUUGGAGACUUUGGAUUAUCAAGAAUAAAACGAAAUACUCUUGUAUCUGGGGGUGUUCGAGGAACCCUUCCAUGGAUGGCCCCAGAACUACUAAAUGGUAACAGUAACAGGGUGUCUGAAAAGGUUGAUGUUUUCUCAUUUGGUGUUGCAAUGUGGGAGAUCUUGACUGGUGAAGAGCCAUAUGGCAACAUGCAUUGUGGUGCUAUUAUAGGGGGAAUUGUCAGUAACACUCUCAGGCCACCGAUUCCAGAACGUUGCGAUCCCGAGUGGAGAAAGCUGAUGGAAGAGUGCUGGUCGCCUGAUCCUGCAGCCAGGCCGUCAUUCACUGAGAUAACAAACAGACUCCGUAUUAUGUCCAUGACAAUCCAGACAAAGCGAUAUAGUCGGGUAAUUAGAUGAAACCCAAGAUUACCAUGUAAGUUUAAAUGGGGGAAAGUACAUUCUUUGUGAGCUUUGGUUGUUUAGAUAGCUUCCAUGAUAGUCAGUGUUGUAGAGAAUCUGACCUAUACGGGUUGAUAAAAUGAAUACCGUAUUGUUCUUUAUGAAACAUAAUGCAUGUUUAAAAAGAUAUACCAUUGUAAAGAUCAA